AUGGACUCUAAUCACAAUUCUUCCCCCAAACACUUGAGCCACUUGAUUAUCGUGUGCUGCCAUGCAAUCUACCUCGGCGGCCCGACGCAUGGAGCAGAUGCGAACGAAUGGCUGAUUGAGCCCUUCCAGAGAGGAGAGACGCCGACUUUCGUCGCUCAUGCCAAGGCUGGACUGCAGACUCUGGCGCAAGAUCCCCAAGCACUACUCGUCUUCUCAGGUGGCCCCACGAAACAGCCCCGAACGGACCUGAGCGAAGGGCAAUCAUAUCUUAGUUUGGUCCGGGACAACAACUUGUUCGCCCAGGAGAUCGGGUCGCCAAAUCAUGUCGAAUCCAGGCUCGUGGUAGAAUCUCACGCAACAGACUCCUAUCAAAAUGUUCUAUUCUCCUUGAUUCGAUUUCACGAUCACACAGGAAUCUGGCCCUCUCAAGUCACGGUGGUCACCCACGAGUUCAAACGGGCUCGGUUUCAGGAACUUCAUUUCCCAGCAUUGGGACUGAUACCCCACACCGAACAGGCCCCAGGAGAACAUAUGCAGAAGAGUAACCGCCUGCGGGUGGCGAUCAUCGGCAUAAAUCCACCAGAAGACGUCACUCCUUCCGACAUGCUAACGCGAGGGGAGAGUCUCAAGGCUUUGGGCUUUGGCAAAAAGAUCUGUACGGUGUUGGACCGGAGUUGGCCAGCAAACGGCGUGCUCGUGGAUGGACAGCAACUAAAGCUCAUAAGUUGUCAUGCGCCGAUCAACCUUUGGACCCUGUCGUGGCCCGACUACUUGCUUGGGAUGGAGGAGCCGAAAACGAAUAUUUCCCGCAAAUGA